GCUUUGCUGAACCAUCUCCUCUCUUUGUUUAAAAAAAAAGAACCAACAUCUUCUCUAAUUAUCACAAAUACAGAGAAAGAAGCAAAGCAGAGAGCAAGAGUAGGAGGCUUCACUUCGUCAUGGAGACUAACGAAAAGCCUCCACUUAACAAUACUACGAGAAGAUCUUUACUGGUUUUCAACUGCAUCCUUUUAGCUUUAGGCAACUGCGGUGGCCCUCUCAUAAUGCGUCUCUACUUCCUCCAUGGAGGCAACCGUGUUUGGCUCUCAAGCUGGCUUGAAACAGCCGGCUGGCCAAUCAUUUUCAUACCCCUUUUCAUAAGCUACCUACACCGCCGCCGCUCCAACAAACCCACAACUAAACUCUUCUACAUGAAUCGUCAUCUGUUCAUCGCCGCCACCGUCAUCGGUUUACUCACCGGCCUUGACGACUAUCUUUACGCUUAUGGGGUAGCUCGUCUUCCAGUUUCAACAUCUGCUUUGAUCAUUGCAACCCAGUUGGGGUUCACUGCUGGUUUUGCGUUUCUUUUGGUUAAACAAAAGUUCAAUUUUUAUUCAAUAAACGCGGUGGUUUUGUUGAGCGUUGGGGCUGGUGUCUUAGCUUUGCAUACGAGCAGUGAUCGGCCGAAACAUGAAUCUAACAAAGAGUAUAUUAUGGGGUUUAUUAUGACGCUGGGGGCUGCAGCUUUGUAUGGAUUUGUCUUGCCAUUGGUGGAGUUGACGUACAAGAAGUCGAAGCAGGAAAUUAGCUAUACUCUUGUGAUGGAGAUUCAGCUGGUUAUGUGUCUGUUUGCUACUGUCUUUUGCACCUUAGGGAUGCUGGUUAACAAAGACUUCAAGGUGAUUCCAAGGGAAGCAAGAGACUUCGGGCUUGGUGAAACAAAGUAUUACGUGGUAAUAGUGUGGAGUGCAAUAAUCUGGCAGGCAUUCUUCCUGGGAGCCAUCGGAGUCGUCUUUUGUUCCUCGUCUUUGUUAUCAGGAAUCAUAAUAGCUGUUCUCCUACCACUCACAGAGAUCCUGGCUGUCAUUUUCUACCAAGAGAAUUUUAAGGCAGAAAAAGGCGUUGCUCUUGCGCUUUCUCUUUGGGGUUUUGUUUCUUACUUCUAUGGUGAGAUCAAACAAAACAAGAAAAAGAAUCUUGCUCCUGAAACAGAAAUGUUUCCAUCUUCUAAUCCAACGGCAAAUGCUUGAACACAUGCCAACGCUCCUGGAUUGCUAUCGUAUGAUUAUUUGUUUGUCAUGUAUUCAGAAUAUAUCAAUCUUCCUGUCCUUCUGCUUGUUUACUACUCUAAUGAGAAUUUGGGAACAAAUAUCAUACCAGAGAAUAAACAAAAGUCUUUAUUUUC